AUGGACAAGAAGAUAGAUAAAGAAAGGGAGAGAUUUGAGAAAGAGAAGAAAGAAUGGGCAGAAAAAGAAAAGAAAUACACUGAACAAAUUGCUACUUUAAAAAAAGGUAAAAAAACAUCUUUUUUUGGAAAGAAAGAUGAAGCACAACAAGAAGCUGAACGUUCACAAUUAAUUAAUGAAAUUCAAGAACAAAUGGCUGAAGAAUAUAGUACAAAAUUUGCUACAAUGAAAGAAAAUACAAAAAUGUUGUUAGAGCAAAACAAUCAAUUAGAAGAAGAAAUUAAAAAGAAGGAUCAAUUAAUUGAUGACCUUCAAAAAAGUUUAAAUACUUCAGGAGUGAAUUGGGAUGCAGUAAAAAACAAUUUAGAAAAAAAAAUUGAAGAAACAAAAGAAAGUAUCACAAAGAAAUCUCUCGAAGAAAUAAAAAAAGAUAAUAAAGAUCCAUUAUCAGGAGAAAUAAGUUCAGAAGCAUCAACAAUGAUACAAAACUUACAAAUAAUAAUACCCGAACUAAUAAAAGAAAUUAGAGAUGAAUUAAUAAAAAUAAUAGAUUGUGGAGAUAAUGAAAUAAGUGAACAGUCAAAAGUUUCAGAAUUAAUGGAACGAAUAGUCAAAUUAGAGAAUGAACGUGUUGGGAAAAUAUUUAUAGAAAAAGAGAAAUAUGAUGAAAUGCAACAAAGUAUUCAAGCAAGUACAGAGAAAGAAAAAUAUUAUAAAGAAGCAAAUGAAAAACUUGAAAAAACAUUAAAAGAAAAAGAAGAAACAUUCAAAAUAAAUUUUGAUAAUAAAAUUCAACAAAUUAAAGAAGAAACUGAAAAGAAUGUUAGAAUUCAAGUUGAAAAAGAAUGGAAAAAUGAAAAUGAAGAAUUAAAACAAAAAGAAAUUACAUUAAGAGAAUUAUUAGAAAAAUCAACAGAAACAUUAGAAAAAGAAAGAACACAAUUACAAAAUGAUAAUGCAGCAAUAAAUAAUGCAAAAGUUGAAUUACAAGUUAAAGUAAGUGAUAUGACUAAUGAAAUAAGUGAAUUAAAAACAUAUAUUGAAGAAUUAGAAACAGGAAAGAAAAUGUCAACGAAUAUAGAAAAUGAGAUGAAUGAAAUUAAAACUACAAAUUGUAAUUUAGAAAUGAGAUUUGAAGAACUUCAAUGUGAAAAUGAUUUUUUGAAAGGAAGUAAUGAAGAAAAUAAAUUAAAAAUUAGAGAAUUACAAAAUAAAUUAGAUGAAGUUAUGGUUCAACGAGAACAAUAUGAAAAAGAAAAAGAAGAAAUAAUUCAAAAAUUGAAUCUAAAUAAAAAAGAUGAAAAAAAAACUGAAGAAGAAAAGGGUCAAUUAAAUGAAGUUAUUGAAGAAUUAAAAAAAGAAAUAAAUAUAAUAAAAGAACAACAAGAAGAUGAAAAAAAGAAAUAUGAAGAUGAAAUUGAAGAACAAAAGAAGAAUAUAAAAAUACAAGAAGAAAAUAUUAAAGAAAAAGACGAUGAAAUUGAAAAUUUAAAAAUGAAAAUGAAACAAAGUGAAGAAAUUAUGCAACAAAGAAUUUAUGAAAUGAAAAGUAAUAAAAAUGCAAGCCUUGGAAAAUUACAAUUAGAAGUUACUAAAUUACAAAAUGAAUUAGAAAAGUCUAAAAAAGAAAUAACUGAAAUAACUGAAAUGAAUAAUAAAUAUUCAGUUCUUCUUGCUGCAGCAAGAGCUGCUGAAGAAAGAAAUAAAAAAGAAAAAGAAGAUCAGAAAAAAAGAAUUAAUCAAAUUGAAUCAUUUUCUUCACCAAUGAAAAAGAAAUCAACCAAUUUUAUUGGUGAAGAACAAGUUAAAUUAUUAGGAGAUAAAAUUGGAGAAUUACAAUUAGAAAAAUCAAAGUAUUUAGAAGACAUUGAAACAUUAGAAAAGAGUGUUAUGUUAAAAGAACAAGAAUUACAAAUUUGGAAAAGUGAAACAAUCAAUACAUAUUUAAAAAAUGUCUUUGGAAAAAGUAUUGGAAAAAAAGGAGUUAAAGAAGUUAUUGAACAAGUACAAAAUGUUUUACAAGAUGUUGUUACUCAAAAUAUUCAUUUACAACAAGAAGUUGAUCAACUUCAUUCUGAAAUUAUUCAGUUGAAACAAAAACAAUAA